UAAAGACCUGUCGUACGUGUGCAAUACAGUACCCUAUGGCAAAAGUUAGCGUCAAACAAACUUUCUCUGGCUGUUGAAAGCUGCUCUACAGGUGCCAGCAGCCCCUCGCGGAUCUCCAGACAUUUCGUGAGGUUGCUUUAACUGUUUUCGGUGUCGCAAUGGGCAUUUUUCCUCCAAGCUGACUAUAAACGCCAUUGAGGAUUUUUCUACCGAAGUGCGGAUGAUGUGCCUUCAGUAAACCUGCGGGAUAUCAAAGCAGACGGACUGCAAACGCGUCUCAGUUGUUUUACCUUCGUUUUGUUUCUCCAGAAAGUAGACAUGGCUCGCUCGAAUGCCGAGCAAGGAGCUGUCAGACAUCGAGAAUAUUCUGGCCUUGAACCCUCGGGUGCAGACAUAUGCCACGCUCCACUCUACAAGGAAGAAGAAACUGGAGAAAAAACGCUGGAAGAGAAACCCAGAGAAAGGCUGCGAGAGCUGCAUGAAGCUGGAGAACAAUUUUGACGACAUCAAACACACGACUUUGAGUGAGCGCGGAGCACUUCGGGAAGCGGUGAGAAUUAUUAUGAGGCGGCUCGGGCGAUUCUCUCUGACAAGCCGUUGGGUCUGACGUGUAGAAUGGUGUGUCCCACAUCGGAUCUCUGUGUUUGCAUUGGUGGACUACAGCAGUUUGGAACUGAGGUAUUCAAGCAAAUGGGUGUUCCUCAAAAAAGGAAUCCUGAUCUCCCACCUCCGGAUCAAAUGCAGGAGACCUACCACUCGAAAAUCGCUCUGAUUGGCUCUGGCCCCACCAGCAUCAGCUGCACCUCGUUCCUGGCUGCCUGGGGUACGAUGACAUCACUAUUUUUCAGAAGCAGAAGUUCAUUGGAGGACUGAGCUCUUCCCGCAAUUCCGCCUGCCGUACGACGUGGUUCAGUUUGAGGUGGAUUUGAUGAAAGAUCUGGGAGUCAAGAGUUCCUGGAGAUCUAGAGAUGAUGAGAUGAUGAGGAGGGGGAGAGAUGACACAUUUGCAUGGCCCUUCAGUUCCUAUAAACAGAUACAGGAGCGAGGGGAGUUCAUGUUUGAGCUCUGAAGGACGACAGAGACUUUUUAGACCGCUGACACAAGAAGGAUUUACACACGCCCUCCUGUCAUGCUAAAAGACACGAUGUUACACUUCUUUCUCUGUUUCUUUCCCUUCAUGUCAUGCUAUUAUAUUUCUCUUUUUCUAUUUCAAUGUAUCUGUUUAUCCUUCCUGUGUGUAUUUGUUAUUUUUUCUUUCCGUGCCUCUUUGCUUUCUUCUUUCCUCCCUCUCGUUCUUUCUUUCUUUCUUUCUUUCUUUCUUUCUUUCUUUCUUUCUUUCUUUCUUUCUUUCUUUCUUUCUUUCUUUCUUUCUUUCUUUCUUUCUUUCUUUCUUUCUUUCUUUCUUUCUUUCUUAUCCGUUUGUUGCUUGCUUUUGUUUGAUAUUUUAUGUUACUUUCAGGUGUUGUUUGUUGUUUUUCUUUCAUUUGUUAGUUCCCUUUGUUACUUUUGUUUAUGUGUUUCUUUUCUUUGUCACUUUCAUGUGUUAUGUUGUUGUUUUUUCCUUUUAUUUGUUAGUUUCCUUUGUUACUUUUGUUUAUUUGUUGCUUUGGUUGUUUUUUGUUUUUCUUUCUUUUGUUAGUUUCCUUUGUUACUUUCUUUCAUUUGUUACAUCCCAAUUUGUUGCUUUCUUUUUAUGACCUUACUUGUUUCUUUCUUAAAAAUUUUUUUUUUCUUCGUUUCACGUUUGUUUCUUUAGUUUCUCCUUCCUCUAUUCGCUUUUUUCUGUUGUAUUCUUCAUUUUUGCUCGUUUAUUAAUCUGCUCAUUAGUUUUUUUAAUUGUUCCUUCCUUUUUCGUUUUUUCUUUCAGAGAACAGAGACUUUCUCACCAAGGUUUAUCGCUGACACGAGAAGGAUUCAGAGGCGCCCUCCCACAAUCUCAGACAGACAUGAUUUUACGCGCCUUCAAAUGAGCUUCUCGUCUUUUCUGGGGCUUUUUUGAGGUUUGCCGCUAUUGAUAUGCCUUGUUUGAACUCUCUUUCAGAUCAUCUGACAGAGGACUUGGCCAGGAUGAAAUGAUGCUCCUCUCGCUAAAGGAGGAGGGAUACAAAGCUGUGUUCCUCGGAAUUGGGAUGUGCGGGUGUCGCUCAUACGCUGCCACGGCUUCACGGCACAGUGAUCGUUCUGGGAGCUGGAGACACGGCCUUCGACUGCGCCACUUCCGCCCAGCGACGUGGAGCCCGACGGGUGUUCCGGAAGAGCUUCACCAACACACAGGCAGUUCCAGAGGAGGGUGGAGAGGAAGAGAACAAGAACAAGUCGGAGAAGACCAAGAAAGCAGAGAAACUUGGAGAGAUAGGACAUGGAGCUGGCCAAGGAAGAAAAGUGUGAAUUCCUUCCCUUCAAGUCUCCACAGGAGGUGUUGCUGAAAGGGGGUUGAGUCCACAGAAUGGAGUUCUGCCGUACAGAGCAACCCGAGACUGAACACUAUGUGGAAGAUGAGGAAGAGAUCAUUCGUCUGAAGGCCGACUAUAUCAUCAGUCCUUUUGGUUCUCUGCUGAGUGACCCCAAAGUGAUCGAGGCCAUGUCUCCCAUCAGGUUAAGCAGAUGGGGGCUUCCAGAGCUGGACCCUGAGAGCAUGCAGACCAGUGAGCUGUGGGUGUUUUCUGGAGGUGAUGUGGCAGGUCUGGCCAAUACUACUGUAGGAGCAGUGAAUGAUGGGAAACGGGCCUCCUGGCACAUGCACAAAUACUUAAAGGCCAUCUCAGGGCAGAAGGUCAGCGACCCGCCCCGGCUGCCUCUCUUCUACUCAACCAUAGACAUGGUGGACAUCAGUGUAGAGAUGUCCCAUUUGCCCACCACCAGCGCCGCCAUGAUACGACGAGCCUUUGAGCAGGGAUGGGGAUUCGCCCUCACCAAAACCUUCUCGCUGGACAAGGAUUUGGUGACCAAUAUGUCUCCGCGUAUUGUGCGUGGAACCACCUCGGGACCGCUGUAUGGACCCGGACAGGGUUCCUUUCUCAACAUCGAGCUGAUCAGUGAGAAAACCACCGCUUACUGGUGCCAAAGCGUGAAGCAGCUCAAAGCUGACUUUCCAGAGAAUAUUGUCAUAUCCAGCAUAAUGUGCAGCUACAACAAAGCCGAUUGGACCGAGCUUGCCAAAAUGGCAGAGGCGUCUGGUGCUGAUAGCCUGGAGCUGAAUCUGUCUUGUCCUCAUGGAAUGGGGGAGAGGGGAAUGGGUCUCGCCUGUGGCCAGGAUCCCGAGCUGGUCCGGAACAUCUGCCGUUGGGUUCGACAGGCUGUCAGCAUUCCUUUCUUUGCCAAACUUGCCCCUAAUGUGAGCAACAUCGUGGACAUGGCCAAGGCUGCGCCGGAAGGUGGAGCAGAUGGAGUCACAGCCACCAACACGGUUUCGGGGCUGGUGGGACUCGAGGCAGACGGCUCUCCCUGGCCUGGCAUCGGCCGAGGAAAGCGCACCACAUAUGGCGGAGUGUCUGGAAAUGCGAUCCUUCCAUUUGUACUGCGAGCAGUGUCCGGCAAAGCUCUGCCUGGAUUUCCCAUCCUGGCCACCAGGGGCAUCGACUCGGCUUAGUACGAGUCCGGACUGCAGUUUCUCCACGCAAGGGCCACUCUGUUACAGCCUCUGCCCAGUUUUGGCCCCUACCUGCAUGAAAAGGCGCAGGUUAUAGCGAACCACAAACAAACACCGAGAGACCACAGCAACGUGUUAUCCGUUGAGGAAACAAGCUUUUACACUCCCAAGGGACCUGUGCCAAGAGUUAAGGAUGUAAUAGCAAAAGCUCUGGAACACAUCAGUGCCUAUCAGGAGCUCAAUAUCCAGGAGCAAGUGCAGGCUCUGAUCGAUCCAGAGAUGUGCAUCAACUGUGGAAAAUGUUACAUGACCUGUAAUGACGCGGGAUAG